ACGUAACAUGAGAUGCCUAACGACUUUGAUGCCGUGUCUCAAGUUACCGCGGUCUGCGGCAUCGCUUUUGUUUGCCUCCAUGUGUGCUCAGGGCGUUCAAAUGCCACCACAAGCACGAUUCCUUGAAAUGGAAACCACGCCAACUGGUAACACAUCCCAUUCGUAAUCGUCGCGCCCGUUUCCUUUAAAUACAAAUGAAUGCCGUCCACUCAAUCAGCUUCGACUUGACACCGCAGCAACAUGAUCCGUUCCCUUCUCCUUGUCGUGGGCCUGGUGGCGGCCGCCUUCGCAGACGACUACGCCUUCAACCAGAUAUACGAGAUGGCCGAGCGCAUCGAGGUGUGCCUCAAGCCCGUCAAGGACCAGAGCAGCUUCGAACUCCCCGCCGGCAUGUGCCUGAUGGAGACCCGCUGGAGCCGGGUGGGCGGCCUCGCCCAGGACAUGGUGCCCGCUGACGUUGCUUCGUGCCUGAAGGAGAGGAAUGUUCCCAACGACACUGUGGCCACCGUGGAGGAGUGCCUCGUGGACUCCAUGGCCGUGCCUCUCAAGCCCGCACUCGAAGAGGCCGACUACUCCGCCGAGCGGCGACGAGAUCAGCAGCCGCAUCGAGGUGUGCCUGUCCUCCACCCCCGAGCCCCCGAAUUGGGUCAAACAAUUUGGUGUAAUGAUGCAAACCAUCCAAAGGGACAAUAA